AUGUCCCUAUUGCAAAGUAACUUCAAGAUCACAUUACUAGGCUCAGACUACACUAUCUGGCUACUCACGGGCGAUAACGUUAACGAUAAUGCACUAUGUAAUAGACCUCGGCACAGCAAAGAAAAAAAAAGAAUUGCUGUUUUGGCGUUACUUGAGACGAAUAAACUUCAAUCACCUCAAGAAAUUUUAUCUGCCAAAGUGCUCUUAAACGUCUCAAGUCUUUUGAUCAGUGAACUAGAUAAGUUCUCGUUUGCUUUUGUGAACAAGAGGCACUGGAAGAUUUUGUUCCUUAUCAACAACAGAUAUGCUUAUGCUUGUUCUGCAACUGAGAAAAUCAAUGGAGACAAGCAGCUUAUUAAUAUUGUUGAAAUUGUCGCUCCAGAACCAGUUAGAACACAAGUUGAGCGUGCAAAAAAAAAAUGCGACAUCAUUUUGGCAAAAGAAACUAGGGAGAUUCCGUUUCAAAUAGUACUAGAAAUUGGAGUAUUUGAAUCAAGCGACCUCAAAGCUUGUACUCUAUUCUAUAUUUCUUUGCAUAUCAAGAAUGCAAUGAGUAUAUUUAUAUGUCCACUUGAAGAAGUAGAUACAUGUCAAAUCAAAUAG